AUGGGGUUACCUGAAUCUGCUAGAGAUUCUUACAGAAAGAAGGCAGCAGAUUCAGGCUACAGCUCUGUAAGUCCACCUUCACCAAAUAAACGGGCAAAGAGAAUAAUAAAAAACAUCAUGAAAGAGGUGAUUAUAGCCACUUAAUUACGUUCAUUCAAACAUCUAUUAUAUAUGUGGUCACCCAAUCAGGAAAAACCAGGGAAAUAGCCUAUCAUGGCCAUCUGCACUCAAUCAAAAAGAGCCUCGAUAGAGGUGCUCUAACAUAAGGAGCAUAUAAUUCUAUUAUUAACUCAACAUUGAGAGUAAAAAUAUGCAUCUUAAAUUCCAAAUUAUUUAUGACAGCAAAAGACCUCCACAUGGUUACCGUGGUAUGGACAAGUCAGAAUUUCAAUCACCAUUAACUACAGGGCCAAAGUUUUGGUCUUAAAGCUAUAAAUUCAAUUUUAUAAAAUUACAGCUGCAGCUGUAUUUUGUCAACUUCUUCAUAUGAUAACCAUUUAAAUUACACCUGAUUUAUUGAUAGGCAAGCCAAGAAAGGUCUAUUACAAGCAUCUGUCUACCCUUAAUAACGGAAUGAAUUACAUUAUAUGAAACCCACAUGUAUGGCUUUCCCAGAACGACCCUAACUAACUUCUUAUCUGGCUAUGCAUUCCCCUUUCACCUCAAGGUGGUCAUAAUGUAGAAGUCUUUUUCUUAAUUCAUUCUGCAGGUGUUCAAAUUUUCCAGAAAAAAAAACAUCAUGGUUUCCUCGUCCGUAAAUUAAGGGAAUUGGCUUAGACAAGUUCAUAUCUUCCGUUUAUAAUGACUCACUAAUACUUUACUACUGCCAAUUGAGAAAUCAUUAACUUGUAGACCACUCCCCUAUCUCACUUUUUGCUCAAGGAAAGAAAUUUUCUGGAAAAGGUGGAGGGGACUUUGUUGCACAUAUUUUUUGUGUCCCUGUUUCUUUGUAAAGUGAAUAUUUUUAAGGAGGGUUAAGACUUUUCUGUAGACAUGUAUUAUUGUUUACUUUUUUGUGUUAUGUGUGAAACUGUAACAUUAUUUAUUUAGAGUAAAUAAGUUCUGCUUCUCUGUGAGUAUAGGUUGGACAACUGGAAGACUUGGCUGGGCAUGCACUUGUAUUGUGUGCAUAUGAUGGUAGUUUGUAUCAAGGUGGAUCCAGUUUUGGUGAGCUGGUGUUAAAAACGAAUGUGGUGGAAACAUUCACGAAUUAUUUGACAUGUAAGCUGCACUGUUUUCAGCUUUAUUCAAUCCUUUGCUCUUAACAAGAUAUUUGAUUUUAAAAUAUAGGCCUGCAAACGAAGAGAAUUUUAAAGAAUUUACUUGUAACAUCUUGAUGGCUAAUAAAUAAUAGAUUAUUAGAAGUUAAUGUUAUAAAAUUACUUUGUGUGUAUAGAUGUCUGCAUACGCUAUGAUACUAAGCAGGACUAGUGUCUAACUAGAAAACCUAACGGUUUACUUAGAUGCUUGACAUUUCCCUGUUUGUAACUUAUAUUUUAGCUUCUUUCCAACUAUCUAAUUUCUUUUCUUUCUAUCUAAAUAUAGAAAACAUUGUAAUGUUAUGUUAGAAUGGAAAUGUGAAUAAACUAUUGUAUUGUAUAUAUAUGAUUAAAAAAUGUUGCCUCUUGAUCUUCAAUUUUAGGAGUAAUAAUAUUUUUUUUUUUGUUAUUGAUGUGCCCCGCAUAUCAACUACAUUCAAUUGUGGCUUAAUGUAACCUACCUAUUGGAAUAUUUGAAGGCACACUCUCAUUACAGAGCAACAAAAUUGAUUACGUUUAAUACUGGGAAAAAAAAUGAUGAAGUAAAUGUAAAAAAAUGGUUUCAGUUCUUGUCAAACAAAAUAUGUGCAUUCUCUGACAACACUGGCAACUCCAAUGUUUAUUGUAACUUUUAACUUCCAUAGGUUCUGAGGAGGAAAAGCAAGAUAUUUCUGUCAAAAAGUUACAGGAGCUGUUCAACUCAACAUACAGUAAGCAACAAUUUUUUACAAACUAUGUUCAUUAGAAUGCCUGAAUAUUUAUUAUUUUAAAUAAAAAUAUCCCUUACAUAACUCCCUAUAGAAGGUUAGAAGAAGCACGUUGAAAAGGAAGCUUUUAUGAAUCGCAAAAUUCUUACUGUUGAUGAGAUGAGGCGACUUACUCAGUUGAAGCUGGAUGUUACAGUGAAUAGUGUUUUAUAAAUGACUUUAAUGUGUUUUGCUCUUACUACACCACUAUAAUGACUGUAAUUAAUAGACACUUUUUUCCUAUUAACUAGGAUUUGUUAACCAUCAUAGUUGUUCUUAGUAUGUUGACAAACUUCUUGUGUUAUUCUUGCAGGUGAACUUACUGCAAAAGACGGCAGUAAAAUGCCUUACUCUAAAGUUAAACAGUUGGGCAUUAUCUUCAAGGACCUGCCCUUGGAUUUACAGCCAGAAAUGAGCCUAUUUCCAAAAAAACCAACACUUUAUGGUAGUGGUCAGAGAAGAAAAUUGUGGUUGACCCGUCAUGAGUGGUCUCUCACUAUUUCUCUCUCUACUGCUACAACUCACACCACUACUUCCAAUUCCCAUACCGCAAAUGCCACUUCCCACAACACAACUUCCACUUCCCAAACCGCAAAUGCCACUUCCCACACCACAACGUCCACUUCUCAUACCGCAAAUGCCACUUCCCACACCACAACUUCCACUUCCCACACCACUACUGCCUCUUCCCUCACUACAAAUGUCACAUCCAUCAACCCAACUGUCCCUUCCCACACCUCUAUAGUUCUCCCCCGUAUCUCUAGCAUCACUCCUUGCACAACUACUGCUACACCCCCUAUCUCUACUACCACACCCUGCACCACUACUACUACACCCCGCGCCACUACUACUACACCCCCCGCCACGACUACUACACCCCGCACCACUACUACUACACCCCGCAUCAUCACUGCUAGACCCCUUAUCACUACUGCCACGCCUUGCACCACCUCUGCUAACCCCCACACCACUACUGUUCCUGUUAGCAUUCCGUCAGCUUCCCUGUCUAGUCUUUCACAACACAGCACUUCGUGUCCUUCCGGUGUUGUCUUCUCCAAGGGUAAGCAAUUAUAUCAACAAACUGACACUGGGUUUGUGUUGAGUGUGUGUUGUAUUAAUCUCUUUACAAAGACAUAAAGUUCCGUAAUAAUAUUGUUCAGGGAAUAAUAUUACCUUGGUUAUUCAUCUGUGUACGGAACAUUGCAUGAUUACAUUAAGUUAUUAUAAUUGGAUGUCAUUAAGACCCAUAAAUUAUUGGCGGUUCUUCGUUUGACUGUUGUGCUACAUCAAGUAUAGUUCUUAUCCGCCCACACAAGGUUUAAAAUGUUACAGUGAAAAGUGAUUGUUUCUGAAACAUAGAGAUGAAUAUGUGCCUGAUAGUGUUGCUAUGAAUAUACUCUUGUUGUUGCCCAGUUUAUUUGCGAAGCCCACUUCUCCUAAGGCCAUUACUAACUUGAGUGAUUACCCAAACUAGAACGUGCAGGUGAGCUUUAAAUGGCCUAACUUUUAUUUUUUACUUUACCGGUAAUUUUUUUAAGUUUAUAGCUAAUUAUCCUGGUAAUGACCUUCCAAGUAGUUAGCCAUCUCAUGUUUUUUUAUCUAUGCAGAUACUGAAUUUGGGAUGCCUCUCCCAAGCACCAAUCGAAUAGUUCAUGCUGUGUACGUGCUUUCAGCAUGA